AUGGCAGCUGCUGAGACCGAGGUAGUUUCACCUCUGAUAGUGGACACGGCCCCAGACACCUCAUGUGCAGCCGCGACCUCCGUGGCCGCAGCUGUGGCGGCGGCGGCGGCCGGGAACAGAUCGCAGGCCCAGGUGUCCAAGGCUGCCCUAGCUGCUAAGCUGAUGUCGCUCAGCGGCGUGUUCGCCGUGCACAAGCCCAAAGGGCCCACUUCAGCUGAGCUGCUGAACCGGCUGAAGGAGAAGCUGCUGGCAGAAGCUGGCAUGCCUUCUCCAGAGUGGAACAAGAGGCAAAAGAAGACACUGAAAAUUGGACAUGGAGGGACGCUGGACAGUGCGGCACAAGGUGUUCUGGUGGUUGGGAUUGGAAGAGGAACAAAAAUGCUGACCAGUAUGUUGUCGGGGUCCAAGAGGUACAUUGCCAUCGGAGAGCUGGGGAAAGCUACCGACACACUGGAUUCUACCGGGAAGAUAACGGAGGAGAAGCCAUACGAUAAAAUAACACAAGAAGAUAUUGAAGGCAUUCUACAGAAGUUCACUGGGAACAUAAUGCAAGUGCCCCCUCUCUACUCUGCGCUGAAGAAGGACGGGCAGCGGCUCUCUACUCUGAUGAAGAGAGGUGGAGCCGUGGAGCCCAGGCCUGCCAGGCUGGUGACCGUGCACAGCGUCUCCCUCCUCAAAUUCCAGCCACCGUUUUUCACAUUAGAUGUUGAGUGUGGAGGCGGCUUUUACAUCCGAAGCUUGGUCAAUGACAUUGGCAAAGAACUCUCUUCCUGUGCCAGCGUGCUGGAGCUGACCCGCACCAAGCAGGGGCCCUUUACACUUGAAGAGCACGCUCUCCGAGAAGACAGGUGGACCAUUGAUGACAUCGCACAGUCCCUGGAGCAUUGCACAUGUCUUAUGCCGGAGGAGUUGGCAUCUAAAAAAUCAAAAUCCGAGAAGACCAGUGAUCAGGUUUUAAGCUGUGAAUAUGUAGCUCUACGGGAGACAAAGAGAGAAGAUGAUGCAAUUAAGGCGCUCUGAGACUGGCCUGGGAGGAUGGCUUCCGGUUGGUGUGCAUUCUGACCCAGGAAUGCCGUGGACUCGAUGGUUCUUUGCAAGAUGUUUUAAUAUUGUGAAUGAUGAAUUCGAUUGGAUUCAGAUAAAUAAGCUUUCUGAAUUUGAUCUUCCCGUAGUCUUUUUCCUAUGAAAAAAGUUAAACAAUAUUCUACUUACAGAAAACAAGUCUCAGCUGCCGUGGUCAACUAGUUUCCCAGAAGCCUCAACUGGGGCGGGGCAGGGGCGGGGCUUCUGCUGUUUUGAAAUUCUCUGUGUAUUUGAGUGCUCAGUGUUGAGCCGCCCUUGUGUCUGCGGAGCUCAUGGCUGGGUGAAGCGCUGCUGCGCUGGGAUCAUCUGUGCCUGUGUUUCUUAGAUCUUGAUAAUGAGUAUGUUUUCCUAAUAAAUAUUUGUAAAUGCACAAAAUUCUGCUCCCACCACUAGCAGAAUGUAAAUAGGUUAAGAUGUGAUUAAUUUCAUAUCCCAUUUGGAGCAGAACUCAGCUCUUGUAGCUGUGUGUUGUGGCAGCUAUUUCUGUGGUCAACCACAUACUAUCAAAUUACUAAAAAUGUAAUUCCAUAGAAUGUAAACAAAGAAUGUAUCUUGGAUUAAAAUUCUCUCCUGCCUACUCUUUAAUGCAUCUCUGUGUCUCUCUAUGGAGCACUGGUCCCCAUGACAUGGUCUCUAUAGUUAUUGCAGAUAUGAUCACUUUUAAAAAUAGCAACCUGCCUGAGCGUGGUGGUGGCACGCCUUUAAUCCCAGCACUUGGGAGGCAGAGGCAGGUGAAUUGCUGUGAGUUCAAGGCCAGCUUGGUCUACAAAUCGAAUCCAAGACAGCCAAGGUUCAACAGUGAAAUUUGUCUCAAAA